AUCACCGACGCCGCCAUGAGGUCCCGAUCCUGGCUAGCCAUCUCCUCCACCACCCGUCACUCCACCGUCCCAUUCUCCAACCCCGAGACGCCACCGUCUCGGCCGAAACUCAAACCCUCCGAUACCAGCAGCUCCUCCGAUAUUCCCAGCACUAGUACCAGCGCCAGCGACAACGGCAGUAGCAGCCUCCAAAGCAACCUCUCCCUCCAGACGCUGCCAUCUGUCCUCUCCCUCCAGAAACUCUCCCCUCUAGACCCCCUCGAUCUCUCCGUCUCCCACCUCUGCUUCGCCACUCUCCCGCCCCGCCGCCCCUCCCUCCCAAUCACCUGCCUCGCCGUCCACCACAACCUCCUCUACGCCGCAUCGGGGCACGCGAUCAACGUCUACGAUCGUACGGACCACACGCUUCUCGAUUCAUUCAACGCCCACGAUGCCUCCUCGGGAUCCGUUAAGUCCGUUAAUUUUUCCGACGGCAAUAUCUUCACUUCACACCAGAACUCCAAAAUCCGAGUCUGGCAGUUGACGGCGGGAAAACAGCACAAGCUUUUCAACUCCCUCCCCACAGUCAAUGACCGUUUGCGCCGCUUCGUCCUCCCCAAGAACUACGUGACCGUCCGCCGCCACAAGAAAUGCCUCUGGAUCCAACACGCCGACGCCGUCACCGGCAUCGCCGUCUACAACGGCCUGAUUUACUCAGUAUCCUGGGACAAGAGCCUGAAGAUUUGGCGGGACUCGGAUCUCCGCUGCAUCGAGUCGGUCAAGGCACACGAGGACGCCGUGAACGCGGUGGUGGUGUCGAACGACGGGACGGUGUACACCGGGUCGGCGGAUUGUCGGAUCAGGGUGUGGUCCAAACCAUUCGGGGAGAAGCGCCACGUGUUGAUGGCGACGCUGGAGAAGCACAAGUCGGCAGUGAACGCCUUGGCCUUAAACGACGACGGAUCGGUGCUGUUUUCGGGGGCUUGCGACCGUUCAAUCCUGGUGUGGGAGAGGGAAGACAGCGCCAACCACAUGGCGGUGACGGGGGCGCUGAGAGGUCACCGGAAGGCUAUACUGUGUAUGAUCAACGUCGGGGAUUUGUUGUUCAGUGGGUCGGCUGAUCGGACGGUGAGGGUGUGGCAACGCGGCGAGGACGGGAGUUUUUGUUGUUUGGCGGUUUUGGAGGGGCACGUGAAGCCGGUGAAGUCGUUAGUGGCGGUUAAAGACGAGGGGUCGAACGGCAUCGUUACGGUUUACAGUGGGAGCUUGGAUGGAGAAGUGAAGGCGUGGCAUGUCUCGGUUUCGAAUGUGAACAGUGCGCGGGGCCUACUGUCUCAGUUGAAAAUGUAAUUGAUUAGAUUAAUUAAUUACAAUUUACGUAAAGCUUACUGCGAUCAUAAUCUGGUUUUAUGGAUGUGAUUUGUAUUUUUUAAUUUUUGAUAGAGAUGUGAUUUGUUAGAUAAUUGUUGCAUGGUACGUAAAUACCGCAAUCUUUUGGUUUGUUUAAGUCGUUCAGACGUGUUUUGGUACGUUGAUUAAAAGAUUGAUUAGCAACUAUUAAAAAAAAUA